AUGAAAGAAAGCAGGCUCACAACGCAGCAAUGGCUGCAAGCCCUCAUCGAGCCGGGGUUCAUCCUGUCGAAAGCCAUGUCUUACUACAUUCAAACAAACAUAAAAGCCAUUCUGCGUGGCCAAGUCCUCGCGCCCAUCUUGCGCUCGCAGGAACUCCGCGACGAGGCCUUUGGGAGGUUCUGGGUUGCGUUUAGCUCAAACCGCGCCGACCCCGAACCCACUUUAGACGCAGACUCACAGCCCCAAGCACAAAUCCAAUCCCCCCUAGACGAAAUCCAGAACUCAACCGAACUAAUUCCCCCCAUCCUCGCGCAAGCCAGCGGCCUAGUCCUGGACGUCGGCCCAGGAACAGGGACCCAAAUGCCGCUGCUCAAGUCCCCCUCCAUCAAAGCGAUCUACGGCGCGGAGCCGUGCGUCGGUCUGCACGCUGAACUGCGCAAGCGCGCGGUGGAUGAGGGGCUGGGUGCGAAGUAUACGAUCUUACCGUGUAGUGUUGUGCAGAAGGAGCUUGGGGUAGAGUUGGAGAAGCAUGGGUUGGUGCCCGAGGGAGGGGAGAGGGGGGGUGUCUUCGACACGAUCAUAACCGUGCGAGUCCUCUGUUCCGUCCCGGAGUUUGAGCGCACGACUGCGGAGUUGUAUUCGUUGCUUAAGCCCGGUGGGAAGAUGCUUGUUGUUGAGCAUGUGGUUAACCCGUGGAUGACACCUAAGGGGUCGGUUCUUGCGAGGGUGCUGCAGGGGGUUUAUCAUGCAUUUGGGUGGAGGUGGGUUAUGGGGGAUUGUUGUAUGAAUCGAGAUACGGAGGGUGUUUUAAGGAAGGUUGUGGAGAAGGAUGGUGGGUGGGAGUCUUUUGAGAUGGAGAGGUGGUUUGGGACGACGUGUUUGCCGUAUAUUACGGGGGUUUUGGUGAAGAGGAAGUGA